UUGACCAGUAUUGAUUUUAUUCUUCUCCAGUUUCAGGCCGAAAUAUACAAGGGAGUUAUACAGGAUGUUAUAAGUCAAGUGAAAGAAGCAUUUCUUGACGAGAACGUGGAUAUCGAUGUGCUUUCACAGUUGAAAAAGGAAUGGGAGGAUAAAGUGAUAGCUAGCGGUUGUGUGGACAUGGAGCCUCGGCAUCAGGUUGCGCCUCCCCCGAUGCGUCCUCAUGUUAUGCAGCCACGCAUGGGCACAGUAACCCAAGUCCGGCUUCAAGCGGCACCACAGCAGGCUUUGGGAAUAGCACAAGAGCUUUUGAUGGCGCUGCAGUUGGAUGGCGGAGGUGGCGGCGGUAUGUACAUUUGUUUUUUAUCGCGUUUGUUUCAUGUGGACGACGAUGACGAUCCCAUUCGACGCAUUGCUGACAGAAUUGGUGACGGUCAAAUCGAUGAUGGAGAACAGAUUGUCGAGGAAGAUCCUCUGAAUUCUGGUGAUGACCAGAGCGAUGAUGAGGACUUGGAGACCUUGUUUGAUGCGGACAACGUUAUUAUGUGCCAAUUUGAAAAGGUCCAUCGUGCAAGAAGCAAAUGGAAGUUUCAGUUAAAAGACGGAAUAAUGCACAUCGAUAAUAAAGACUACUGCUUCCAAAAAUGCAGUGGGGAAGCUGAGUGGUGA